AUGAUUCCGCCGCCUCCCCGCCGAAGACUUUCUUCUGACCUUCACACCAUCAGCUCCGUGCAGUCUGAAACAUCAGGCGCAGGUGAAGUUGUGUGCAAGAAGGAGACUUUCCCCCUCUUUGGCGACGAGAUCGUUGGUGCAAAGUGUGAACCUAGAGAAGGAUUCCAGAACAAGGUGCAGGAACUACUUCGUGAUUUUGAUGAGAUGCUCGUCCACUCUGUCCGGAUCGGGUCUGAAGGCGGCUAUCGCGAAGAUGGCAAGAGCAGACUACGAGGUUUCCUGCUGAAGGCAGAGGCAACUUUGGAAGAUGAGCCCGACGACGUGACAAAGAUCCAGAACACUGUUUGUGCAUCAGAUAAUAGCGAGGGCACUUCGUUUAGUACCUCAGCAACCAUCCCAUCGCCGGAUGUAGCUAGUGAACGUGAGGCCCUCAUGGGCCCAGCCUCACGCUGUUCUUCGACAUCGCUUUCUCCACCACUUCUGACACCAGAAUCCACGCUGAUCAUUCUAGAUUGGGACGACACGCUCUUCCCGACCACUUGGCUCCAAUCCAAAAAGGCCUUCAAAAACUGCAGCAAGGCAUGGCAGGAUGAACAGCCAGACGUGCAGCUUAGUGCAGAUGACCUUGCAGCCUUGGAGGAGAUGGACCAGACUGCCAGAGCACUAGUACUAACAGCAGCAGAUUUGGGCGAAGUCUGCUGUGUGACGUUGGCUCAGCGGCCUUGGCAGGAGGUAUCGAUGAAGGUUUUCAUGCCCAAGCUGUAUGAGGUUUGGAAGGAACUUGGGAUCCCAGUGCACUACGCCAGCGAAGAGGCAGACAAUACUCGGUUGGGCACCUCUGGGCCAGCGGUGCGUGCCAUCGUGAAGGAUCCAACCGAGUUGAAGUGCUUGUUGGAAAGGCAGCAAGUGGCCAAGAAGAUGAAAGCAAUGGAGAAAGUCAUCAACCGCUUCUACGGGCCAAUGUGGCGAAAUUUGAUAAGUAUUGGUGAUGGCGAAGCAGAGUGGGACGCAGUGCAUGAGUUGGUAUUCAAUCAUGCCAAUCCUGCAAGCGAUAGGCCCGAAGAUGAGCUGCACCUAAAGACGGUGAAGCUGUUGGAGGAGCCAACCUGCUCCUUACUACAGGCACAGUUGCAGGUGAUCCACGCGUGGCUUCCAUCUAUUGUCAGCCGGGCGGAGGAUCUCAACACCCGAUUGCCCGAAAAUGAAGAAGAAAUUCUAGGCCUCGCUGGAGUCGGUCGGAUGUUCUCGAAGCAUCCGAUCGGGAUCCGGGAGGAACUGAUCGAAGAAAAAGGCAUGGCACGGCAGAAUUCACAGCUAUCCUCCGAAAGACCAGGCAAGGCGUACAGACAUACAGGUGAAGCACAGCUCUUGCCGCGGGCUGCAGGCUUGGAGGCCAAGCAGAGACAGAAAGCCUUGUGCUUCGCACUGCUUUGUGUCUCCCAUGCCUGGCUCUGGACGGCCAAAGCCGUGCAAGUGGAGCCGCGGACGGCUGGGCAAAUGUUGCAGCAGAGGGAGCAUGGACAUGCAGCCAAGCUGUUGAUUUGGAUGUUGCCCCUCGAUUUGGUGCCAUGCUGCCCCAAGAAAGUGAAGGUUGGCACAUAUGUGGCGGAGCAGGUGGCUGGAGACAGCUACGCGUUGGUAGCAGCAACUCACGCUGACGCAGCCAAGCGGUCUGCCCAAUUGAAUGGGAACAGGCUUCGGAAACGCAGACUGCGAGACAACCGCAAUUUCAAAGUGGUUGUCCUGCCAGCUUUAGAAAACUUGGAUCCGCUGCUGUCUGGGAGCGUGGAGGUGAAUGAAGUGCAAGCCGAUCAAAAGGAGGAUCAGCAUGAUCAGCGGCGCCAACGUCGGCUUGAACAGAUUGAGAUCUCUUCAACGCGCUUGUCUGAGGGCAGGACUACAUGGGGCUAUGACCGUGAGGCAAAGCCGCGCAACUCCCAGGCCAUUGCAACCCUAACAGCACCUUUGCCAUGGUUUCGUCCCGAAGAGAAGGACGCCAGGGGAGCAGGGCUACAGAGACAGAAGUCAUUUCGCAAGCGAGGCAUGCAUGCCACAGACCCUUGGGAAUUGUUUGACAAAAGCCUCCGUGGUACGGGUGUGGAGCGAACCCCAAAGAGCCGUUCGCCCAGACGGAUGGAAGUCGACGAGCAUGACCUGUUCAAACUUCACUUGGCCGAGCAACCUCUCCUACCAGAAGACCCUGUCGAGGCGUAUUUCCAGAGUCAGGACUCGAGGAUAGAGGACAGCCACAAGACGAGGAGCAGCAUUUCUUGGAUUCCUGAUGCAGAAGCCAAGAAGAAGAUGCUUUGUGCUGCAGACACGAAGCAUCACAUCCCAUCCUCACCAGUCAUGCAGGAUUUAGCCAAUUCCUUUGCUGUGGGAAAAACGGUGGUACAGGCCAGAUUUGCUGGAUCAGGUUCAAAGAUCGCAAAAGAUCAGCUCACUCCGACGGGAUGCCUGCCAGUUGAUGAGAAUGUGGCUUGGGCUUUGAGUAGUGAGAGGUGGUUUGGACUCUGGUCUUCGCUGGGGGCAAUGGCGGAGAGCCCAGAGAGCCCAAGAAGCCCUGGCGGGGGACUACUGGAGCUGCGAGCAACUGCCACGAAGCUGAUCCGCGGUGUGGAUGAACUCUUUCCGAAGCAGCACAUUGAGAAGGCUCUGUCCAAGGUGGAGCAGAUCACACCGAGAGACUGUGAGGAUGACGACGUGGAGUUGCUCCUGAGGCGACCGCCGGAAUGGCGGAAGAGAAAGCUUCGAGCAGAGUGUCGGCUGCUACAACAGCAGCUUCAAGAAAAGAAAGCCAGUGAAGAGGCUUUCCUGAAAAACAUGAUGACAUUUUUCAAAGACGAGGAUGGCAAGUCUAUUGCCCGUCGAAUGCAGAUUCAAGAUCUCGUGGACCAGUAUGAAGAGCUCAACAAGCACUGCGAGCAACAAGAGCUGGAAGCCGAAGCUCUUCAGGCGUGCCUGCAGUUAAUGGCAGCGUACGCGGAGGAUGCAAAACAGAGGAACACCUUCCUCAUUGAGACCUUGACUCAGCUCCUGUCAAACCAGCCGACCAUCAUUCCAGGGGAACACAACGAGUUGAGCCGUGCCUGGCAAGAGUGUGUUCUUGCCGCAUACCAUCGGCUUUCCAACGACUUUGGCACCUGCACGGACAAUAUGCUGUGCCGGCGCAACAUGUUCUUGGAUCGGCUGGAAGAUGCGAAGAGGGAGAACAAGGAGCAUGCCUUGCAGAUGGCUUUACUGAUGCAAACAACGACCCAAGCCCGGGAAAAGCUCGAUGGGUUUAAGAGACGCUACUUUUGGGACAGCUCUAGUGAAAGCCUCAAGGCUCCAAGGGUUCCGAAGUUGCCUUUAGCUGACACACCUGAUUUGGAGCCGCCGUCCUUGGUGCGCAAGGAUCCAGAUCACUUUCUUGAAGAUGUGCCGGAACUGUCAGAGGAUUUCUCCCCUCAAUCGAGCAAGUCUCGAGAGAAGCAGCCAGAGCAGGAGCCAGACUGCAUUCAGGUGCCGGCCGGCCUACACAGUGCCUCGCAUGAGCAGCCUAUGCAGUGCCAGAGGCACCUGCACAGUCUUCUGCCACAAGCGGUGCCGACGCAGCACCACAGGAUGUGCUCACCUCCCCGGAUCCCAGUUUACACCGCCACCGCUCAGAAUGCUCAGAAUGCUCAGAACGCUCCGCAGAUCGGAUGGCAAUUUCGAAGCCGUCCGCUGGUGCAUGGCCCAUGCCAUGGCCCAUGCAUUGCAGAGCCAAGUACUGUGCCAAAGAUGCGGGUUUCAGUCUCGCCGCCUCGUGUGGUUGCAGCACCUCCCUACGUGCACGGUUCCCACAGUGCUCCCAGUGCCCCCAGUGCCCACAGCGCACAGCUUCUUGGUGCCAGCUGCAGGGUGCCAGUGGGCUGGUGCUCCGGUGCUUCUAUCAGGGUUCCGUCCCCUGUCCCUGAAGGAGUGCGUGCGGAGCCAAGAUGGAGAAACACCGUAGCACCAAAUGUACCAAGCGCUCCAGGACCUCCGAAAAGGGGCUCUUGUCCUUGCCCGUUGUCAGAAAGAGGUCAGUUGUGGCGCAUGGCUAGAUCACCCAGGGCUUCUCAUCCCCCAGCGUUGCGACCUGCAACCUAUCGGAGUGAGUUGAGAAUGGCAUCUCCUGAUGCAGGACGUGCAACUGUGCCGACAUAUGUCGCACCGUGUCAGUUCUCACCACGACGCCCUACGAGGUCACCCUCCCCACAACGCUUUCAGGCAAGCACUCCACGGGCAGUAUCACCAAUCAUAGUUAGAAGCCCAAUUACGUACCAUGUUCACAGAGGAAGUGCCCCUGCUCGGGCUAGCAAGGAGAGGGCUUCCAGGACGCCAUCCCCAUGUGCGCCUGUAUUUACCAGUGGUCAGCCUUUGCGGGUGGCAGCGUUGCCAUCCCAAGUAGGAGUGACUGAUUCCGGCUGUGGGAGCUGUCAAGUUCCUCCGAGCUUCAUAGGGAUGUCGUGGGAGCUUCCCAGUGGCCGCUCACGGCCAGCUCCACAUCCGGUUCCUCUGCACGUGCCGUUGCAAACGCCAUUGCCAGCUCCACCUGUCUUGCGUGUGCCGCUUCGCUCGCCAUCACCGGUAGAUUUGGGACACACGCCGCGAGGUAGAGUUGAGCCCUCUGCCUGGCCACCAGUGAACCACGUCUUUAGUUCGUCUUUGGAGCAGUCGGGAAUGAGCACCUUUGCUGUGAUUGGCGAGUGGAAAGAACAGCGUGGGCAAAGGAAUUUUGAUCACAUGGACUGGUUUCCUGCAUCGAAUCUCAAGACAAAGAGGGAGCGAGAGAACGUGUUUUUGGAGAGUUGCGGUGCUAAGGAUGAUAUGUUGAAAUUGAUUCGCGCGUGGGACAAGAUUGAUCCAGAGGACUUCGGGCGAGUGGAGGUUGCGGAGGUUCAGCGGUUUGCAGACCGCUUGAUGAUCGACGUUGCCGCUGCCCAAGCAUGGCAGGAGAGCAAUGAUCUUUGUGUUCAACUAGACCCCCAGAGCAUCGUCAGCAGGAUGCCGCCUUGGAUUGCCAGCACACCCCCAGAGGAGUGGCCCCGCUUUGUUCAGAGGCUGUCUGAGCGGCUCACUGCAGCGCUGAGCGCAGUGCGAAAGUCAAGCUUCUGCUUUGAGGACCUUAUGCGCCUAAUAUGGCCUUGCUCCUCUGUUGAGGAUUUGAAGCAGAUGUGCGCGUGGUGUGAAGAAAUCAACAACACGCGUGAUAAAUACCAGGUGAGCCCGCCGCCAGUGCUACCUCAAGAUGCGAAGGAUGCAUUGAAGGCCGUUUUCGAUCACUUUGAUAAAGACGGCGGCGGGAAGAUUUCCACCAACGAGCUGGUUAUGUCUGGCUUAGUUGACAAGGAUGGUGCAAAGGAUUUCAUCAGGAAAGCUACAGAUGCGAAUGGGGAGAUUGGCCUGAAGGACUUUUGUGAAAUGCUAUGCCCACAUGGGUACAGAGCAACGGAGCAAUCAGUAGUUGGCAGCACCGCUCUUGGGCGAGUUGCAAGAUUGGACAAGAACACCCGAACAUGGCCUCUCAAGGAGGCAAAACCACUUGCAGCAGUUCGCUACCGCUACAGCAGCUUUGGACGAGCCUCAAGACUUAACUUGGGCAUUGUACCAGGUCAGAAGUGA